AUCACCAUCGGGGGGGGGGAGGGGGCAUUUUCGUCCACCCGGUCCCUCUGCAGAGCUCUCUUCAGAGCUUUCUCCAUCACUGGCAGUGGCAGCUUCGCUGAUCACAGCGAAGAAGAAGAAGGAGGAGGAGAAGAAGGUUGAAGAAGGGAGGAGAGAAUGGUGAGCUCGCCGGUGGUCAACAUGUACCCGUUGUCCAGCUACACCUUCGGCACGAAGGAGCCGAAGAUGGAGAAGGACACCUCCGUCGCCGAUCGCCUCGCCCGCAUGAAGGUCAACUACAUGAAAGAGGGGAUGAGGACCAGUGUUGAAGGCAUUCUGCUGGUGCAGGAGCACAGGCAUCCCCAUAUUCUCCUCCUGCAAAUUGGGAACACAUUUUGUAAACUUCCAGGAGGACGCUUGAAACCAGGAGAAAAUGAGAUUGAGGGUUUGAAAAGGAAACUAUCAAGCAAAUUAGGAGCAAAUUCACUAUCACUGCAACCUGAUUGGCAGAUUGGUGAGUGUGCUGCUAUCUGGUGGAGACCAAACUUUGAAACUGUUAUGUAUCCGUACUGUCCUCCCCACAUAACGAAGCCAAAGGAGUGCAAGAAGCUUUUCAUCGUCCAUUUAUCUGAAAGAGAGUACUUUGCUGUACCGAAGAACUUGAAAUUGCUAGCUGUUCCAUUGUUCGAACUCUAUGACAAUGUGCAUACUCAUGCUUUUUGUUGGCAGAGAUAUGGACCAGUUAUCUCCACCAUACCGCAGCAGCUCUCAAGGUUUCAGUUCAACAUGAUGACCACAUGAAAGCAUAGAGUGGGAAAGCAGCUCCUGAUUAAUGCUUUCUAACAUUUCUCAGGUUCACUAGGUAGCAGAUGGACCUCGACAACUUAGCUAGUGUAGCAAGAGUCCUGCCCAACACUUUAUUCAGUUGCAGUGAUCUGUAGUUGAACUCGUCUUCUAGAGCAGUUGUCUCCUUUCUUUGUUGUUGAUUAUGUAUUUGAACUGACCAAGGUUUGAUAGUUGGUUCUCGUCUCACUUGAUUAUUUGUUUGCCCGCCCUAAUCAGUGGGUUCUGGCCUCUAAAACGGGGUCUGGAGUUGCUGGUUCUUGAGAUUGCUCCUGGGACAUGUGUUACUGUCAGAUUAAAGAGAGCCGUAACCAGUAUUAUUAAUAGUAGAUGCUUAUAUAUAAUCAAAGAGGAUUUGGAUGGGA